AAGUAUAUUUGCACGAAAACAUUUCUGUCAUUUAAUAUUUCUAAGAAACACAUGUUGCAUUAUCAAAGAUGAAGUUCAGGUGCAGAAUGAUGGAUGUAAUUGCAAUGCGAGAUUUUACUAACAUAGUUAACGUUAUUUCUCGAAUAACGAAACAGUGUACCUUGCGGUUAACGCCUGACGAAUUGUGCUUCAGCGUCAGCGUCGAUCGAGCAUCAAUGGUUUGGGCUGAAUUAACUCAGACUCAUUUUUUCACGGAGUAUAUUAUGAACGGUGUCUCUGAAGAACAGAACGAGAUUUAUUUGGAAUUCGAUCCUACUAUGCUCGCCAAAUCUCUAGGAUCUUUACGAAUGACCGCAAAGAGCGUUAAAAUCAAAUUAACAAACAAACGUCAACCGUGUCUCACGAUAGAAAUCGAGUUACCAUCGUUAAGUUUAGAAUCAAGGCAAUGUUUGCACGAUGUGCCUGUUAGAGUCAUACCGCGACGCGAAUGGGCCGAGCACCGGGCGCCAAAUAUUCCUCAAUUUGAUAUUUCAGUUGAUAUGCCUCAACUUAAACACGUGAAACAUAUCGUGGAAAGGAUGAAAAACAUGAGUCCACGAUUAACGUUGGAGGCCAGCAAAACUGGCGUAUUUGCAUUAAAAGUCGACACGGAUAGCGCAACGGUGUCCACACAUUUUCAGGAAUUACAAGUUUGGAGUAGCAGUCAACGAAACCAGGAAGACAAAGUAUCAGCUACUAUAGACAUUAAAAAGUUCUUCAUGUUCCUAGCUUGGGACAUAGUGCAUCCUGAUGGCGUGAAAUGUAAUAUUGUUCAAGACAGGGUGGUUAACUUGUUUCUACAUGUAGCAGAUUAUGUUAAAAUACAGUAUUUCUUACCCUCCGUGUUUACUUAACUCGUAUAAACUUUAACAAUAAUGUUUUAAGACAAUAUAAAUUCUUUAUUUUUUUUUA